GAUGAUGUUCAUAAUAAAUUAUUAGAAUUAUUUAAAAAUAGUUGCUCACCUUCCUCUGCACUUUAUACUCUUGAAGAUGAUCUUCAUUUUAGUGUUUUGAAUAAACAAAAAUUAGUGGAAUUACUUGCAAACUGA